UCUUCUUACGUCUUUUGCUUCAUUGAUCCAAUCGGUCCACCCAGUUUUGACCUUUAACCUUUUCAACUUCAGCAGCUGAAAUGUCAGUUAAUGAUCGUGUAUCAUAAAGUAACCACCAGGUGGCGAUGCUGCGCUUCUUUCUCAGACCUCCUCCUACGCUCGGCUAUCCUCGGCUCCUUUCGGCUCCUCUCCAGCCACAGCAGCCAGUCGGAAACGCGCAGCAGCGUCGCGGCUCCGCGGCUCUUCUUGCUUUUCUCCCCGCCGUCCGGCUCUCCCCUCCAGCCCGCAGCUCAGCGGCGGAUCCUCGGCCUCUGUGACGGCCGGCCACGGCGCGCAGCGCGGCGGAGCCUGAACCCUUUCCGGCUCUCCUCCUCCGCGGCGGAAAACCCCGGACGGAGGCCCGCGGUGUGCGCUCCUCCUCCCGCAGGCCUUCAACUCAGACUCCCGCCUUUCUGCUGGAAAAUGGACGGCUUCACCGGAAGUUUGGAUGACAGCAUGUCGGCGACCAGCGUCUCCGACGUCAACGACCGUCUGUCUGCGCUGGAGCUGCGCGUCCAGCAGCAGGAAGACGAGCUGACGGUGAUGAAGGCCGCGCUCGCCGACGUGCUGCGCCGCCUCGCCGCGUCUGAGGAUUCUGGGGCCAACAGGAAGCAGCACGGAGCCAAAGGCGGCGCCGCCAUGCGCGAAGCCUCGUCUCUGUCCUGCAUCGCCAACGGCGGCACGCCCGGACGCAAGAGAGACUCCGCCUCCGUCACCAGGAAGGAGACGGUGUCUUCGGCCGCCAAGAGCGGCUCAGAGAAGAAGAAGGAGGCGAGCGGUCAGCGCUCCCACAUGGAGGAGAUCCAGGAGCGUGAGGAAGCUCCGCCCCUAAAGGAGCUGUCACCCAAUCACUCGUCCCCCAUCCCGUCCCACCCCCCCCAGAGGUCGGCCCCGCCCCCUGACGGCACCAAAGGCCACGCCCCUAAAAGGGGUCCCAGUGUAAAGCGGUCUUCAGGAAUGGAGCGAUCUCAGAGCAGCAACUGGGAUUCAGCAGAGAAGAACCGGAACAAGCUGGUGAAGGCGGCGUCUACCUCCAAGCUGCUGGCCAAAGUGGUGAAGAACGCAGACAAGCACAAAGACCCAGUGGUUAGCCAAGCCAAAAUGUCGACCCGAGAGAAAAACAGCCUCGCUGAGGGAAACUCUAUCAAGAUGUUCAUGCGAGGUCGACCAAUCACCAUGUUCAUCCCGUCAGACGUGGAGAACUACGACGAGGUUCGGGCCGAGCUUCCUCCAGAACGACUCAAGCUGGAAUGGGUGUACGGGUACCGCGGUCGGGACUGCCGGGCCAACGUCUACCUGCUUCCCACCGGAGAGAUAGUCUACUUCAUCGCGUCCGUGGCGGUUCUGUUCAGCUACGAGGAACGGACCCAGAGGCAUUACCUCGGACACACCGACUGCAUCAAGUGUCUGGCCAUCCAUCCGGACAAGAUUCGGAUCGCCACCGGACAGAUCGCCGGAGUGGACAAAGACGGACGCGCGCUGCAGCCUCAUGUCCGGGUCUGGGACAGCGUCAGCCUGUCCACCCUGCAGGUCAUCGGUUUGGGAACCUUUGAACGCGGCGUCGGGUCUCUGGCGUUCUCCAAAGCCGACUCGGGUCAGCACCUGAGUGUCAUCGAUGACUGCAACGACCACAUGUUGACGGUUUGGGACUGGCAGAAGAAGUCCAAGAUCGCAGAGAUCAAGACGACCACCGACGUGGUUCUGGCCGUGGAGUUCCACCCGACCGACCCGAACACGAUCGUUACCUGUGGGAAGUUCCACAUCUUCUUCUGGGCCUGGAACGGGAACUCACUGCUGCGCAAGCAGGGACUCUUCGGGAGUCACGACCGGCCCAAGUUCAUCCAGUGCCUGACCUUCCGGAGCAACGGCGACAUCGUGACCGGAGACUCGUCUGGACAGCUGCUGGUCUGGACCCGGAACUCUGCCGAGGCGCCCACGGGCAAGGCGCCGCAAGCCUUCCACAUGAGGACCGAUCUGCGGCCAAUCGAAGCUCAUGAGAAAGGAGUUUUCUGCAUGUGUGACAUGCGGAGCGGCUCGCUGCUGACCGGAGGAGGAAAAGACCGCAGGAUCGUCCUGUGGGACCAGCAGCUGCAGCUGGAACGCGACAUCGAGGUCCCGGAUCAGUACGGGAACAUCCGGGCGCUGGCGGAGGGAAAGGGGGACGAGUUUCUGGUCGGGACGUCCAGAAACUUUGUCCUUAGAGGGACCUUCAACGACGGCUUCCAGGUGGAGGUUCAGGUGAGGUCACAUGAUGACAUGACAUCACAGAGGGAACCUACACGGUCUCUCUCUCUUUGCGGUGCCUUCAGGGGUCUCUGUCUCAUGCAUUCAGGGACUCUCUCUCUGUGCGUGCCUUCUGGCCACCCACCCCAGUGCAUUCAGUUCCUGACCUGCGCUCAGGACCAGAUGGAACACGGACACUCAGGGUUCUCUCUCAGUGGAGCCAUUCAGGUCUCUGUCUCUCUCCGGAAGGUGGUUUGUUCUGGACGCCGAGAGCAAAGAUCUGGUCGGGAUCCACCCAGCAGGGAGCAGUUCCUGACCUGCGCUCAGGACCAGAUGGUUUGUCUCUGGAACUCUCUGGAUCACAGCCUGCAGUGGAGCCGCACUCUGGAGGAACACGGACACUGUGCGGAGUUCCAUCCCAGUGGAGCCGUAGUUGUCAUAGGAACGCACUCCGGAAGGUGGUUUGUUCUGGACGCCGAGAGCAAAGAUCUGGUCGGGAUCCACUCAUCAUGCCUUUCUCCUCCACCUUGCAGAACCACAGCCACACUUGGUUCCAUCCAAUCAGAACCCUGGUUUUCAGGACCUGAACUACAAGUUUUACAAAUAUCCUGAUUCCCUUGAAUGUCUCUCCAGGGUCAUUCCAGCUACAUCACACACCUGGACUGGUCACCUGACAACAAGUUCAUCAUGUCCAACUCUGGGGACUACGAGAUCCUCUACUGGGACAUCCAGAACGGCUGCCAGCUGAUCCGGAACCGCUCUGAGUGCAAAGACAUCGACUGGGCCACCUACACCUGUGUCCUGGGGUACCACGUGUUUGGCGUCUGGCCCGAAGGUUCUGAUGGUACCGACAUCAACGCUCUGGUUAGGUCCCACAACAGGAAGGUGAUUGCGCUGGCGGACGACUUCUGCAAGGUUCACCUGUUCGCCUACCCCUGCUCCAGAUUCAAGGCGCCCAGCCACAAGUACAGCGCCCACAGCAGUCACGUGACCAACGUCAGCUUCCUGCACAGCGACAGCCACCUGAUCUCCACGGGGGGGAAGGACACCAGCGUCAUGCAGUGGCGGCUCAUCAGGAAGCUGGUCGACGUCCCCAAGCCCGCCGCACGCCGACCCAACACGGCUGGAGACGCGAACGCAGCCGGCGAAGUGGCCGCCACGCUGCCUCUGGCUGGAUCCGACCCGGCCGCCGGCGAGAACCCGGACCCAUCGAACCGGGUCGCCACAGAAGGAACCCCGCCCCCCUCGGACAGCACGCUGAGCCUGAAGGACAGCCUGGAGACGAGCGACGACACGGCGACGCCGAGUGACGAGGGCCUGCCUCCCCUCACUCCGCCCUCCUAGAGGGGGCGGGGCCUCUUCCAGGUCAGGUGUCUCUGUUGCUGCGCCUGACGCCGUCAGGGUCGCCGACCUCCAAGCUCCUGUUCACGCCCGACCAUUUCAGGACCGCUGUCAGGAAUUCGACGGGAAACCCACAGAAACUGUCCGGACGUCUUCAGGCGUCGGCCAUCUUCUCAGAAACACUCCAGAAUCUGAUCCAGAACCUUCCAGGUCUCCUCCGAUCCGCCACAGGAAGUCACCUGAUCUGCUCACUCUAGGCAGGUGAACACUAGAGCUGCACAUUUCUGUCCGAUCUUUAAAAAACGAUUGUUUUUGUCUGAAACGGCGACCAAUAUAGAAAGUCCCUGAGAUGGUAAAAGAGGAGCGAUUAUUGCUAACACUUGGGUGGGCGGGGCUAACCGAGUGGGCGGGGCUAACUGUCUCACUGCAGAGGAAAUGAGGACAGUGGUUGAUUUUUAGACCUUUACAGAGAAAAAUAAGAUCGGUUUCACAAACAUCGACCAAUCACUGAUCUUUGAAAUUGAAGAAAUCUGCGGCAAUAAGUCGGUUUUAACAUUAUAUUUAUUGAAUUUCAUAACAUAAAACAAGUGGCAGUCAUGCAUUUGACAUAGGAUUCACAUUAAACAACUCAGUCCCCAAAGUAAACAAACAUAAAUAAUAAAGAAACAACAAAAAACAACUUUAUAUAUCAGAAACCAAAAACAGAAAUAAAGAGAAAGAAACAAAGCAUUGCAGCAAUCUGCAGUCCUCUUCGUUUCCUUUGUAGUGUUUCAGAAACUGGCUCAGCGGCGGCCAUGUUUCUUCAGAAUUUGUUCCCUUUCCUCCGACAAUAUGAGUGAGUCGCUCCAGAGCCACACAUGAUGUCAUUUCCUUCAUCACUGUGGUUUGACGGUGUGUCCAUUUUAUCAACAGAUAUUAAUAUUCUGACCUGCAGGCGUCUAAUGUCAAUGGAUUUUAACUGUCUGGAGCUAAAAACAGCGUUCUCUGGAUAAAUACAUAAAACACAUUUUAGCCUCAGCAGGUACAUUCGCUCCAACAAUCUUUGACUAAGUUUGCAUAACUGAGUUUCAGAGGUGCUGUAAUUUUGGACACAGUGAAAAAUAGUAACACUUCCUGCAGCUGCAGAGGCAGGCUUUUAUUCUCAAAGAAAAUAAUUUUUCCCAAAUAAACAGUCUGAUUUUCCUGCGGUGAGACCAAUUGAUCUCAAAGUUAAACAGGAAGUUUUUGGUUUUUCAGGAAGUUUGAGGAUCAGAGGAAACCUGGAAGAUUUCAGUUUUUGUUUCUGACUUUGCUUAAAAACAACCAUCUGCAACUUUUUAAAAUCAAUUUAAUUUAAAUCUGUGAAUUAAAACAUUACUGAAGGAUGCAAAGAGCUGCAGGCUUUUAUUCUGAAAAGCCACAGAUGACAUUCAGUUUCAGUCUAAAUGAAUACAACAGAGAAAAGGAACAUUCUGUUAAAAAUUAUGUCUGUGUUUAAAGGGAUUCUGACCCGUCACGUUCUAGAUCCACUGGUUUGGGUUUCAGAAGCUUCACACUGUUGCCAACAGAAAACCAACAGGAUGAAACAGGAAGUGCUUGUUGGCGAGGUGACCUUCAGGUUAAAACUGUGACAGAGAACCAAUCAGAGUAAAGCCUCCCGCUUUGCUGGAAAUCCCACUUCAUCUUGAGAAGAAUUGAUCAAAGUGAGCCCUCGCUGUUCAUAAAGGAUCUGUGUUGUUUGUAUAUGCUGCAGAUGUCUGUGUAUAUUUCUGCUCAACACUAGAGGGCAGCACUUCAGUCACAUUCAGCUCACAUCUCUUAUCCAAUCAGGUGACAGCAAAGGGGAGGGCCUGUGCUCUGAUUGGUUGCUCUCAGUGACUCACUGCUGGGCUUUUGUUUGUUCUGGACCAUUUCACUUCAGGCCUUUGUUGAAUGUGUCGAUGAUGUCAUUCAGGGGCGGGGCCUUCGUGGGGGGUGGGGGGUUGAUGUUGCCUUUUUAUUACUGACUCAUCUUUUCUAUGUUUGCCUCUAAAGGGCUUCUGUGGAGUUCAGGGACUCACCUGGAUGUUCAGGUUGGGGGCGGGGUCACGUGAAGGGGGCGGGGUUUGCGUACAUUGAUCCUCAUUGAUGAUUUUUAUGUGACUGUUUUGAGCCAAUCGUCUUCUCUCAUGCAUUCCUGUCAGAGGGCAGACUGUACUGAAGAUUUCAACACAAAAUGCAAAUAAACGUUGCUAUGGUGACAGCCAA